AAUUUUCAAAAUUAUUUUUAAAAAAUUUGAAUUUUGUAACCGUCAGUUACGAACUCUAUCCUCCUCCACUACGGAAUUGUAUGAAAACCGAACCAUCAAAAUCAUUUGACAAAUAUUAUUCAAUGUUGCUUAUUACAGUGAGAUUGUUUUUAUUAACCCCAUUACGGCAAUGAAAUAGAUUUACAUCCGACAUCGUAGAGGUAUCUCGGGUGAAAACAACCUAUGGCGGACAGAGAUAUCUUGGUCGACCGAUGCCACUUCGGUCGAUCAGGAAAAUCAGGACAAAAACAAGAUCCGAGUGGAACUAGCCACAAAGGGAAAGCUCGAAUUUUCUCAAAUUCCGAUAUCUUAACCGAACUAAAAAGUAACGAAAAUGAGAAUAGAAUUUCAAGGGCCGCCAGACGUAAGAUGGCUAAAUCCAUUGUAAGAAAGGAUCCUCCAUCUUCUAGGGAUCCUCCGGUUUCCGAGGAAGAAUACAUAGAAAAUCGACGACAGAGAAUAAAGCAGAACGAGGAAAAGCACAAAGCCAAGAAAUAUUCCACAAUACGAUUUUCGGAAGAGCUAGAAAUAUUCACUAAACAUUCCCCCAAGCAUAAUGAUGACACUCCAAAAAAGUCAAUCCUCCGAUCUAACAUUGAUAGAAAUAAAGUUUCUUCGACCCCACCUAAAAGAAGAAAAGAUAGCCUUCUAGAAAAAAUUCAAAGACUAUCAGAAAAUGAUGCCGAGAAAAGCGAUCACUCGAAAAUAUCAGACCCAACGCAGCCAGUUCCAGCUCGACAAGAUUGGAAUAUAGCUUCAUUAUUCCCUUCUUCGACAGAAAACACUAAGAAGAUGCUGACUGGGCCCCAAAGACAAAAUUCUCAAAAUGAGCGAUGCAAUAGCAAUGAAUACCCUUGUUCGAUAGAAAACCCUCAAAAGACAUCGACUGGGUCGAUAAGAUCAGGCCAGGAUAAUCCCCAAACGCGAGAUUCUCAAAACGAUCAAUACAAUAGCAGUGAGUACCUUGUCAAGAAGUACGCAGGCAACAUAAGUAAUAGUCCACUCGCAAACAAGGAUGGACUAAAAAACAAAUAUGAUGGAUACCUUGACAAGAAAUACACAAGCAAUGAAAGUAGCAUAACGGCAAACGAGGAUAAACUGAAGAACAAAUACGAUGGAUAUCUCGACAAGAAGUACGCAGGCAAGGCGAAAAAGCCCCUGGCAACUAAGGAUGGAGUUGUAAGCAAAAAAGAUACGAAGCUUGGCGUGAUGAAUGACACCCCGAGAACCAAGGAUGACUACGAGACCAAGAAUGGUACAAAUCCUACUAAUAAGGAUGCAGGCAAUGUGCAUAGCCACACAGAAAAAUUGGUCGGAUUCGAGAACAAAUACGAACCAUUGAAUUUUUCACCAUUUUUGUGUUCUGUAGAUACAAAUAUUACUAUUCCGAAUACUCCAAAGACUACGAAGGGAGCCGAAAGUCGACCGCAGAAGCCGAAGUCAAAAAUAAAUGGAAACCCUAUGACUCGAGGAAAGUUUGUUAGGAAACGAGAUCUAAGGAAACUUUCAUAUCUCCACAUGAACGAACGUAAAACAAGCGAAGAAAAUCCCUCGUCAAGCUUCCUACAAUCGUAUGCGGACGAUUCAUUUUUUCAGAAAAGUCUAACCAAGGAUACCGAAGAACAGGCAAAAAGCUUAAUCCGACGCAUUUCAAUUUAUAGUCCAGACUCUUCCACAACUACCACAACUUCCGCAGCCGAGCGACAGGAUGAGAAAAGUAAUAGCGAAACUUGCGUUACCAACUCCGGGACAAAUUUAAAUUUGAAUCGAUUUGACUGGGACAAUGACGACUUCGAGGAUAAACCGAUUCACAAACGAAUUGAUUGGGUUUGCUUCAAAGAUAGAUCUUUCGCAAGGGAUUUCCAGAAUGAUGGCCUUCAAAUAUCACAGGAUGAAGACUUUCAAAUAUCAGAGGAUGAAGAUUUUAAAAUACCUCCUGCAAAAUUACCCAAGAAAAGGUGCGAAACCUGGGUGAUUUGGGGAGUGAUUGGGAUGAUUUUCACCUGUUUCGUAUUUAGUUUUUCGAUUUACUUUUUAAUUGUGGACGAAACAGAGAUUUCAGAUUCGCCUUUGGGAGAACACUUUGGAAUGGAAAAGUGUAUAAUGCAUGAUCAUAGCGCUGGCACUAGGUUGUCGAGUCGGUACAAUGCUACCCGGCAGCAUUUACUUUUUCAAUCUAUUGAGAAUAUGUCGGCAAUGGAUAAGUCAGGCACUCCACAACGUAAAGCCCUAUGUUGGAUUUCUGAUUACGAUGCCUACACUAGCGAUGUGAGUGACGACGGCAACAAAGAAGAGAUUUUACAGCGGUAUUCGCUAGCAGUGAUAUAUUUCUCCUCAGUCGACACAGAAGAAAAAUCAAAUGACACUCCUAGCAGUUUGAGAUACUCAGAUUUUUUGUCUGCCGAUCACGAGUGUGACUGGGAGGCGGUCAUCUGUAAUCCGCAUGGUAAAGUGUCGAGUCUUCGGCUUUUCAACAAUUCCCUUUCUGGAAAUUUACCUUCAGAAAUUGGAAACUUGAUAGCUCUGAGUAAGUGUUGCAAUGUCAGACGCGGAAAUCAUUCACAUCACAUUUUCAUGAAACUUUUUGAAUGCUUACAUUCUCUUCUCGUUGACCUUCAUAGAUUUUAUUGAUUUUAGUUUUAAUCACCUGACAGGAACUUUACCGGAAUCGAUGGAAAAAUUAAUAGCGCUUGAGCAUCUAUCUUUGGCAUUCAACCAAUUGCAAACAAGCAUACCAACGUUUCUAGGUCUUAUGACGUCCCUCACAUCUUUGAAUUUCAGAUCAAGUGGCUUAAUACAGCAAAUUCCGAGCGACAUAGGAAACCUAUCAAACUUGGGUACGUGUUGAAAUGGCUGAUCAAAUUAGAACCUCAAAUGGCUCCCGACAUCGAAAACAAAAUCUCAUACAUAACUUCUUUUUCUUUAUUUUCCAUAGAAUCAUUGCUGCUAGACAGAAAUUCCUUGAGUGGCACGAUUCCUCCUGAACUUGGAAAUCUUUACAAUGCAGGUAAGUCAAAAUACAUCAACGAUUGCAACUAAUUUUAUUGUUCAAAAGUAUGUCAAACAGUCGCUCUCGAGCACUUACUGAUGUUGUCGAUGAAUUCGUAUUCAAUGUCUCAACAAAAUUGACAGAGCAAAUAAAUCUUGAAAACAAUGAUCUAAAGGGUAACGUUACAGAAGAGCUGUGUGAAUUGCAUUAUACUGGAGUCCUGCAGGAGCUAGCGGUGGAUGAACAGGUCAGCUGUGACUGCUGCACCUAAAUUUAAAUGAAAUGCUACCACCUGU